GGGCUUGUGAUGAAGUCAGUUAACCACAGCCUUCAACAUGCUCUGCUCCAGCGGCAGCCCUGGCUCCUUGGUGGUAUCUCGGCCAUGACAUACAUAUGACAUGCCCUCCCUUCACCCACUGGCAGACCGUUUCUCUUGUCCUGCAGCAUGGACCAAAGGGAAAUUCUGCACAAAUUCCUGGAGGAGGCCCAACGCAAGAAAACUGACAAAGAGGAGUUUGCCGGUGAAUUUCUGAAGCUGAAAAGACAAUCCACCAAGUACAAGGCAGACAAAACCUAUCCCACCACUGUGGCUGAGAUGCCCACGAAUAUCAAGAAAAACAGAUAUAAAGAUAUCUUGCCCUAUGAUCACAGCCGAGUAGAGCUGUCCCUGAUAACCUCGGAUGAAGAUUCUGACUACAUCAAUGCCAACUUCAUUAAGGGAGUUUAUGGACCCAAGGGUUAUAUUGCCACCCAGGGACCCUUGUCUACAACUCUCCUGGACUUCUGGAGGAUGGUCUGGGAAUACAGCAUCCUGGUCAUUGUUAUGGCAUGCAUGGAGUUUGAGAUGGGGAAGAAAAAGUGUGAGCGCUACUGGACUGAACCAGGAGAGCUACCGCGGCAAGUUGGCCCUUUCUCCAUAUCCUGUGAAGCUGAAAAUAGAAAAUCCGAUUACAUAAUCAGGACUCUAAAAGCCAAGUUCAAUAGUGAAACUCGAACUAUCUACCAGUUUCAUUACAAGAAUUGGCCAGACCAUGAUGUGCCUUCAUCCAUAGACCCUAUUCUUGAGCUCAUCUGGGAUGUACGUUCUUACCAAGAGGAUGUCAGUGUUCCCAUAUGCAUUCACUGCAGUGCCGGCUGUGGAAGGACUGGUGUUAUCUGUGCUAUUGAUUAUACCUGGAUGUUGCUAAAAGAUGGGAUACUUCCAGAGAACUUCAGUGUUUUUAGUUUGAUCCAGGAAAUGCGAACACAAAGACCUUCAUUUGUUCAAACUCAGGAACAGUAUGAACUGGUCUACAAGGCUGUAUUAGAACUGUUUAAGAGACAGAUGGAUGUUAUUAGGGAUCAACACUCGGGAACAGAGAUUCAAGCACAGGAUUCCAUUCUUAAGCAAAAUCCCAUUCUAGAAACAGAGUCUUAUUCUCCCAAUUUACCAAAAAGCACCUUAAAAGAAGCAGAGAAGAUGAAACAACAGAGCAAACCAAAGCUAAGGGUGAAAAGUGCAGAAGAUUCUUCUUUUGACCUCAGGACUCCUGACAGAAGUGAAAAGGAAAGGUUAGCCUUGCACGGUGGUGAACAGAGCCGUGCUUUUGACCUUUUGGAGCUAAACUGUAGUUGUAACAAAAAUGCCGACAUAACCACACAUUGGGAGACCAAGGCGUUUCCAAUAGCUGGGAAGCCUCUUCAGAAGCAUCAGAGUUUAGAUUGGAGUGCGAUUUUGUUUGGAGCGUGUCCAAAUUCUAAAGCUGCCGAUGUGGCAGGAAGGUAUUUUAAUUCAAAGGCGCCGAUAAUACGGACCAAAUCAACGCCCUUUGAGCUGAUACAACAGAGAAACACCGAGGAGUUGGACAUCAAGGAAAAUGUUUCUUGUUUGGAAUCUCAACCCCACAGUUCUUAUCUCCAGCAGGCUCAAAAAGCGAGGCAUGCUUCUUUGGCAGAACAGAAUGAUUCACUGCCGUCAGACUCUCAGCCCCAAAUGUGCAGCGCCUCUGUUGCAAAGGGGCAGGACUCUCAGCCUCUUCGUGUAUAUUCUUACAUGUCUGUAGAAGAUCCUUAUUUCUUAUCAUUGUCUCCUAGUAGUGCUGGUUCUAAGAUGUCUCUUGAUUUAUCUGAGAAGCCAGAUGGAAACGUUUUGCCUUGUUCCUCAUUGCCAGCAUCUUCUACAACCCUCUUUUCUUCUUACAAUUCAUGUGAUUCUUUAGCACUGAGUCCUCCAACCGAAUACCCCUCUCCAAACCCAGAGACAGCAGUAGUAGCAACUUGUCCAAGGAUAGAUGAUGAAGUCCCCCCUCCACUUCCUGAACGGACACCCGAGUCUUUUAUUGUGCUGGAGGAAGCUGGAGAAUUCCCACUGAAUGUUCCCAAAUCCUUAUCUUCAGCUGAGGAGGCAAAAGUUGGAACAUCACUACAAUGGAAUAGAACAUCUGAGUCAAGGACAUCUGAUGACACUGUGAGACUUAGACCAACUAAGAGUGUAAAACUCCGGAGUCCCAAAUCAGAUCUACAUCAAGAUCGUUCUUCUCCCCCCCCACCUCCACUCCCAGAAAGAACCCUGGAGUCCUUCAUUCUUGCUGAUGAAGAUUGUAUGCAAGCUCAGCCUGUAAAGACUUAUUCUACUAGCUGUCUUAAUACCAUGGAUAAUUCAACAUCUUCAAAACAGAUAUUGAAGACUCCGGGAAAAGGUUUCACAAGGACUAAGAGUUUGAAAAUUUUGAGAAAUGUGAAAAAGAGUAUCUGUAAUUCUUCCCCACCAAACAAGCCUGCAGACUCUGUUCAGUCAAAUUGCUCCAGCUCCUUUCUGAAUUUUGGUUUUGCAAAUCGUUUUUCAAAACCCAAAGGACCAAGAAAACCACCACCAACUUGGAAUAUUUAACACAACUUUGGAAUAUAGGCUGCAAGUGCAUCUGCAAAUAAGAGUACUAAAAUACUAUUAGCUAAAAUAAGGUUUCCAUAUUCAUUUCAACAAUGAAGAUAAUGUAAUGUGUUAAUAGCAAUAUUAGAAAAGAAUAUUCAAAUAAGUGCCAGAAACUUUACAUUUUCAUCUCAUAUUGGGCUGGAAACUGGAAAUAAAUUUGUCACUUGAGCUUACGUAGAGAACACUGUAUGAGACACAGUUUUCAAAUGGACUUAUUUUUCAUUUUGGAAGUUAUUUUUAUUCUACUUUUCUACACAAA